AUGCUUGGAUGCGAUUGCUCGUCCGCAUCUGAGCGACAGGUCAAAGAUGUGAGGCCAUACAUUGUCUGGGAGGUACAGUCGCCCAAUCCCGAUAUUUCGGGCCUUGGUGUGAUCGUGGGUUUGUUGGCCCCGAAUAUAAUCGUGUGCAUCCUAGUCUUCAUGUACUACCUCUUGGCAGUCGACCCCAAUGAUGAGCACUUCUGCACCAAGCUCGAUAGAUCGAUACUUGGUUGGGCCCGCAAGCGCAUGUCUCCAUGGCUGCUCGGAUGGAAUCCUGGCAAGAUCGAAACGCGCCGAUGCUUGCUUGGUGUUUCUCAGCUCACAUACUCGUUCAGCGACGCCCAGUUGGUCAAUGCGCUCUCUCUACUCGCCAGUGCUUUCAUCAACAGAUGCGAUAUAUCAACGUAUGACUGGCAGAUGCUCGUCAGCUGCGUCUGGUUCGCCUCUCUCACCCAGCUGGCCACCAUCCCGCUGCUGAACAGACAGUUUCGAAAAGUCCGGCUGCUCGCGUAUAUUAGGCUUACCUGCACACGGGUAUUAUUCUUCGUGGCGGUACUCCAAGACCCGGCUCGCAAAUGGACUUUCCCUGGCGUGGUCGAUAGGACUACUCGGCUUCACCUACGUGCGACGUACGGUGUCUUUGCUUUGCGGCCCGUUUGGAGUGACUGCUUGGCCCACGCGGUUACGGCUAUGGCUUCGCCGACAGGGACUCGCGUUGACUGA